ACAUUGGUAUCAACUUGACAGAUCCUGUGUUCAGAGGAAUUUAUAGGGGGGUUCAAAAGCAUCAAGAUGACUUACGGGAUGUAAUAGAGAGAGCUGUUCAGAUUGGUGUUAAAAAGUUUGUGAUUACAGGUGGAAAUCUACAAGACAGUAAAGAUGCACUGCAUUUGGCACAGACAAAUGGUAUCCUCAUAUUACUUUUACCCCCCAAAAUGUGAAUUAAGUUAUUUUGAAGAAGUCUUUCUGAGAACUGCCUCAGAUAUGUUUUUCAGUACAGUUGGGUGUCAUCCUACAAGAUGUGAUGAAUUUGAAAAGAAUAACCCUGAUCUUUACUUGAUGGAGUUACUAAAUCUCGCUGAAAACAACAAGGGGAAAGUUGUAGCAAUAGGGGAAUGUGGACUUGAUUUUGACCGACUGCAGUUUUGUCCUAAAGGUACUCAGCUCAAAUAUUUUGAAAAACAGUUUGAACUGUCAGAACAAACAAAAUUACCAAUGUUUCUUCAUUGUCGGAACUCACAUGCUGAAUUUUUGGACAUAAUGAGAAGGAAUAGAGAUCGGUGUGUAGGUGGAGUGGUGCAUUCAUUUGACGGUACCAAGGAAGCAGCAGCUGCUUUGAUGGACUUGGGUCUCUACAUAGGAUUUAAUGGUUGCUCACUGAAAACUGAGGCUAAUUUGGAAGUUCUGAAGUCAAUACCUAGUGAAAAAUUAAUGAUUGAGACUGAUGCACCUUGGUGUGGAGUCAAAAGUACACAUGCUGGAUCAAAAUAUAUAAAAACUUCAUUUCCCACCAAAAAGAAGUGGGAAAAUGGGCACUGUUUGAAAGACAGAAAUGAACCCUGCCAUAUAAUUCAAAUACUGGAAAUAAUGUCAGCAGUAAGAGAUGAAGAUCCACUGGAACUAGCCAAUACGCUAUAUAACAACACUAUUAAAAUAUUUUUUCCUGACAUGUAACUGGUAUGUGUCUCCCGUUUUUCCAUCAUGUACAUAAAAUUUCAUGGUAAAACUUAAAAGUUUCAAUAAAGGAAUUCUCUGGAA